AUGGAUUUGUUUGGCCAAGUGCGACAAGGAAUAGCGAAGGCGGUACAGAAAGCUACGGAGAAUCAAGUGUUCCACGAAUUCCCAGAAUGCUCUAUUCUUGGAUCAAUCGACCGAGUGUCAAUAAAGCUUGCUGAUCCUCACGUGUAAGUUAAUUUUACUAUUACAUGUUAUUUUAGUUAAGUUUGAGAAGGUUCUGACCAAUUUCUUGAAAGUUGUUUUGACUGUGCGAAGAUUUUGGAGGUAUUGCUUUAGAUCAGCACAUUUUUGAAAAGAUUAUAUUUUUAAGUGUUGUAACUAAACAAAUAAUUUGUAUAUAGUAUUUUUAACCUUAUCAUACUUUUUAGAAAUGAAAUGCUCACUCAUUGGGGACCAAAUACAAAGUUUGAGCACGUUGGUUUCCUGAUCCGUGAUGAAGAUAAUCGAAAACAAACCCUUAUGACCGCAGAAAUGAUUAGUGGUAAUGGAAUAGUGUUGAAAAAUAUGGCAGGAAAACAGAUUAUGGUUAUCAGGUUACCGAACAAUGAUCCAAGUAGCUUCGGCAAGCUUAUGCAUCCGGCUCCUGCGACAUUGUUCAAGGUAUAGGUGGUUUGUAAUUGAUUAUUUGAAGGUUUUUGGUAAAAUACGAUUCUGAUUUUGAUGGGAAUUAAAGAAGAAAGGAUUCUCUUGAUUAAAAAAGUAUAAUUUUAAAGAAAAAGUUAUGUUUUUGAGAUUUUAGAGCUAGCGAGAGCCAAAAAUUUGAUUAAAAAUGUAGAAUUUUUGUUUUUUUUUAUUUUUUAGGUAACACAUUGACCUCAAAACUUUUUCAAUUUUUAAGCAACGCAUCUUUAGAGUUUUACAAACGUUAUUCUAUCUGAACCACUAUUUUAUUCAAAGAUUUAACAUCAUCUUUCUAAUUUAUAUUAUUUUAGGUAACACCAAAACUAACCCCAGUUGGUAAGACCUUCAUUGUUCAUAAAGCAAACCAAACUCGAGAUGAAUAUAUUUAUGCAGAAAGAGUAAGUUAAGUAACGAAAAGUUUUUUUUAAAUACCAAAAGUUGUUAACAGUGUACUAAUUAAGUUUGUUUAGGAGCCGGUUUCAUUGUAUCAUGUUGGGAAGUUGACCGGAUUUUUGGGAUCGGACUGUGUGUAUUGGCUGAAAAAGUUGACAGACCAAGGAGUUUUGGGUUAUGUUCGACCGAAAUUGGUGCUGAAGGGCAGUACGUUGAUUGUCAAGUUUAUGUAAGUUGGAUAAUUUUACAUUUCUUGGGCGGAGCCUGGAAAAUUUUUUUAGGUAACAAAUUGAGAAUUUUAGCGAGAGCUAGAAAAACUAUCGAAUUCAGACUUACAUUAUGAAAAAUAGGUAUAAUUGAAGCUUUGUAAAGAGUUUAGUACUACUGUUAUUGUAGGUCAAACAACCGCGACCCUCAAGUACGAGCAACGAUGCUGGGUGUAGCGUUGCUCCUAAUGAUAAGUGAGGUGUAUCCUCAACUUAGGGCUAUGUUAUCAGAAUCUCUGAAGCGCUUAGAUCCAUUGAGCUAA